AGGUGUGGAGGGGGCUGAGGAGGACGUGUAGAGCCAUCUGUUGGCCGCGUGGAGCAGCUUCCAAUAGCCCUUAGAGGGACGGCCACAUUGAGCCCCAGCCCGCCACUGCCCCGCGACGGCCAUAUUGAGCAGACCGGCACACACCUCCCACUUCUCCCUCCAUUUUCACCGACUUUCUGACUAAACUCCAUACCUUACUGACUGGAUACCGGUGUACAAGGCAUUUUGGAAGACCUGUAACUCAAGAUCGCUUUCAGGAAUGUUAUAGGUCCAGUUAGUGAGCCUUUUCUACCUCCAAAUAGGGCUGGUGUGGUCCCAAGACCUGGCUGGGUUUGGUAGGACGGUGUACAGGGGCCUCCACAAGAUGCCACUAGCAAGCCGUGCGAGAGUGUAUGCAGAUGUCAAUGCCCACAGACCACAUGAGUACUGGGACUAUGAAUCUCAUGUUAUAGAGUGGGGGCAACAAGAUGAUUAUCAGCUAGUAAGAAAACUAGGUAGAGGCAAAUAUUCUGAAGUAUUUGAGGCAGUUAACAUCAACAACAAUGAAAAGUGUGUCGUCAAGAUUCUUAAGCCGGUUAAGAAGAAAAAAAUCAAGAGAGAAAUAAAGAUAUUAGAAAACCUGCGGGGCGGGACCAACAUCAUCAUCCUGCAGGCAGUGGUGAAGGACCCAGUCUCCCGCACCCCGGCGCUGGUCUUUGAGCAUGUCAACAACACAGACUUCAAGCAGCUGUACCAGACUCUAAAUGACUACGACAUCAGAUACUACCUCUAUGAGCUAAUAAAGGCCCUAGAUUAUUGUCAUAGUAUGGGUAUAAUGCACAGAGAUGUCAAGCCCCAUAAUGUCAUGAUUGACCAUGAACACCGGAAACUUCGCCUCAUUGACUGGGGGCUGGCGGAGUUUUACCAUCCCAACCAGGAGUAUAACGUUAGGGUGGCCUCCAGGUACUUCAAGGGACCAGAGCUUCUAGUAGAUUAUCAGAUGUAUGAUUACUCACUUGACAUGUGGUCAUUGGGAUGUAUGCUUGCAAGUAUGAUAUUCCGCAAGGAGCCUUUCUUCCACGGCCAUGACAACUAUGAUCAGUUGGUACGAAUUGCUAAGGUCUUGGGCACCGAGGAGCUCUAUGAGUAUGUUGAGAAGUAUCAAAUCGAACUUGACCCGAGGUUCAAUGAUAUCCUUGGAAGACAUUCUCGAAAGCGGUGGGAGCGUUUUGUCCAUAGUGAAAAUCAGCAUCUAGUAUCACCUGAGGCACUUGACUUCCUGGACAAGCUACUCCGUUACGAUCACCAGGAGCGCCUCACAGCUCACGAGGCCAUGGAGCACCCUUACUUCUACCCCAUCGUGAAGGAACAGGGGCGUCACAUGAGCUCCCCCACCCCUGCUCCUCCAGCUCUCAGUGGGGUGUCCGAGUAGACUUGGCAGUGCCGUAUCAGUCAACCAACCAUUAGUGUUGCCCAGCCUUAUGGGGGAAUGAAAUGAAGUUGGGGCCUUCGAGCUGAUUCUGUGAAGAGUGCUGCACCUAUCACCCAGGGUCUUCCUCACACGACCCAGCCUCAAUUUGUUAGGAUAUGGAACACAAAUUCAGCACUGGUUGUAUAUAUUUAUGAACAUAUAUAUAUCUACAUAUAUGUAUAUAUAUAUAUGAUCAAGUGUAACAGGAAAAUGAAAUGAGCAUGCAUGUAUGAAUAGCCUUGUGCGUGUAAGUGUGUGUGUUUCUCUUGUGUGUGUGCAUGUGUGUGUACAUGUGGAGGCAUGCUACGGUUUGGAAGCAUCAUCGAGAUGCACAUCAUUGAGGUUGGAAGGUGUGUGCAGUGUGGAGUGUCCUUGGAGUGAUUUUGUUUGGAUUUUGUUCUGUAGGUCUUGCAUAACCUAUUAGCCGGAAGUGGAAGAUUUUAUGCAAUUUAUCAAAAAUCUUUACUUAUACCGUUAAAACAGGGUUUGUAGAUACUGUGAUUCCACGUCACGUUACACUUACCAGACGUGCUACACACGCAGCUGCUUCCCCAAGGUGUGGGAGAACCUUUUACUACAUGUGAUCAUCAUAAUCUUGCCACUGGACAAAUUGCAUCCAUUGACACCCCACAAGAAUGCAUUUUGUGAACACUCAUAGAAGUUAUGGACUGGAAGCUUUUUUCCAUCAGCAUUAUUCAAAUUUAGGAUCAUUGUUAUAUCACCCAAACUGUUUGAUGACCAAAGCAGAAGAAGGCUUAGUGGAACCAGCCAGUGUCUUGGUGCAGAUUACUACAGUAUGUAUUAUGUGCACUUAGCUGUAUUGCAUCAAGUUAUCAAUAUCAUGUCUGUACAUAACUCAUAUUUCAUUUGAAAUGACCUAAGGAUGUUACCAAAUUUUUUUGUUACAAUGUUUCCUGUACCAUAGAACCAUUAGAGAAUUGGCAUUAGGGGACGUACAAUGCUAUAUCGAAGACGAGCAAUUGUUUUGUGGAUAGUGGAGUAUGUACGUAUAAGGAAAUCUCGCCUCCCCUCCCUCUCCCCAUUAAUCUAAGUGGUUUGAAUGAGCCAUAAGAAGGAACACUGAUGCUUCCUGUCUAGGAGUAUGGUCCCCAGUCUAGCCAUGCUGGCUACCUCAGCUUGGUCAUGUUAAUGUUUCCAAGAUGUUAUUUUCUGUUAGCUAAAUCCUCAUUGAUGUGAAGGAUUUUGAAAUUGAGAGAAAAGUAGCUUUAGUCAAACUGACUUAAGUUAUUUGAUAGUGAAAAUGCAUUAUAUAUCUAUGUAUUCUAAUUUCCAAAGGGACUUUCUAUCUUAAUUCUGAUUUUGCUGUACUAUUUUUUUAAAUACCUUUUUGCAAACUCAAGUUUUACAUAUCUCUGAUGCGGUUACUGAACACAUCAUUCCUAAGGGAAGGAAAGCAUUAUGCAUUAAGUUAAUCAUCAUCCAGCUAAUGCCAGUAUUUCUUUUCAAAGCUUUAGGAACCAAGUUUAAUGUGCAGUGUUCACCUUCACUGUGGUUCAAGUAAAAUUUUUACCUCCUUAGUUGCAAAGCCUAAUGACAGACCACAGCCCUCUAUUUAAUGAAGAUAUUUUUUAUUGUUAUUACCACAAGGCCAUCUUCUUUUUCCCAGUGAUAUAACAACCUAUCAUUGCAAUUUUUACCAAGCAUUGCAUAACAAAUAAAACUUCCUUUGAAUA